AUGGCGCUCCCACUGCCGCCCGGGCUGACGCCAUCCGAAAUCGCUUUCCUGUGCGAAAACGAGCUUGUAACCAUCGUGCCCCGCCAACGCCUCGAGUCAAUCCCCCUCCUACAAGGCCCUACCCCGACCCUGCGGCCGCCGCACCGCGCGACCCUUCCGUUGUGGCUCGCUCUUUUGCUCAAGAAGCAGCGGCGCGCCAACAUCAUCGCUCCGCCAUGGAUGCACCCGGCGUCUUUGCAGCAGAUCAUCCAGCACGAAACGCACACCGACCCCGUUGCCUUUAGCCCGCCGCCUCCCCCUCCAUCGCGCGCCGAUGGCAGGGGCGGUGCCAGGAGGGCCAACAUUGUCGGCAGUACAAUUCUCAGUCCGCCCUUCCUCCCCUCCUGCACCGCAGAGAGUCCGGCCGGCUACCUACCGUACCAUUGGCUCGAAAUGGCCGAGAUCCUGCUGGCCCACGCGCCCGACGACAUGCCCGCAUCCGCCGGCGAGGUCCGGGGCUUGAUCAGAGACCUGGUCGAGGUACGGGCUGCAAAAAUGAGAGCCAGUUCGGCCGACGUGGAGGGCUUCGGCGGCGGCGUCAUGUCAUUGCGGGGUGUGGGAGGAGCAGAACUGGCCGAAAACCGCGGCUUCGUGCUUGGCGUCGUUGACGGCGUGAGGAAGCUUGGUGCCAGUACUGAAGCUACAAGGCGGGAAGAGGAGGAGGCGGGCCGUGAAGACGAGAGCGACGAGGAUAUGGGCAUUUGA